AUGAAGCGCAGUUCAGGAUUUCCCCUCAAGCCGAGUGGCACCCAAACUGAUAAACCGACCUCUUCCCGGCCGAAGCGCCAUAAGUCAGGGGACCAAGAGCAGAACCAGGAGCAGGUCCGAAAGCAGGUCAAGAAACCGUUUCAGGAGCAGGAAGAAGAGCAGAUCCAAAAGGAGGAUCAAGAGCAGAAGCAGGAACCGGACUCUGAGCAGGACCAGAAGCUGAAACAAAAGCAGGACCUAGUCAAGGAGCAGAAGCAGGAUCAGGAGAAAGCUCGCGUCAAGGAGAAAGCUAAGCCGCAGGCAGUCGCCCUGGUGGAGAAGUCCUGCCAGACGUGUGGUGUGUUCCCCUCAAUGAGCCACCUGAAGUUCUUGGACAGCAAGCGACGAAAAACCUAUUAA